AUGUCUAUAGAAGGAUAUACAAUACCAGCUGGCACAGUUGCGAUGAUCAUUACCUACAUGCUGCACAGAGAUCCAGAAGUGUUCCCUCAUCCUGAGCGCUUCAACCCUGACCACUUCCUGGCGGAGAACUGCCGUGGCCGCCACCCCUAUGCCUUCAUCCCUUUCAGCGCUGGGCCUCGCAACUGUGUAGGUCAGAAAUUCGCAUUGCUAGAAGAAAAAGCAGUGAUUUCCACAUUUCUCAGAAAGUACCGGAUCGUUUCGGUAGAUAGAAGAGAGGACCUGACUUUAUUGGGUGAACUAAUCCUCCGCCCUAAAAACGGCCUAAGAGUCAAAAUAUUCCCUCGUAACAGGUCAUCUUAGAACUGUGAUAAUUGUACUUUUUUAUUUAUUGUUAAGUUUUGUUGUAAUUAAAGUAGAUCAAAUGAAACAAUUUAGUUCAGUAUUUAA